UCCUUCGGUCUUUACGGCCUCGCUGAGGCCCAUGUGUCCGGAAAAGGCUCCGGUUGUUCUGCUUGUGUUUUCUGACAGCAAAACCUCCGGAGCAGCAGCAGCGGAGGAGUUGUAAAACUUGGGUCCCGCUGGUGUGACGGGGGGGGCCGGCGGGGGUGAACCGGUGAACCCCGCGGCUGAACGAUGGGCCUCCUGGCGAGGAUACGGAAGGAAUGGUUCAUCAUCGGGAUCGUGCUGGUCAUCUUAUCGGCCAAACUGCAGCCCAGCGUCGGUGUCAGAGGAGGUCCACUGAAGCCAGAGAUCACCAUAGCGUACGUCGCCGUCUCGCUCAUUUUCUUCAACAGCGGCCUGUCGCUGAAAACCGAGGAGUUGACCAGUGCGCUGCUCCACGUUCGCCUUCACCUGUUCGUUCAGUCCUUCACGCUGAUCUUCUUCCCGCUGGCCGUCUGGCUGCUGCUCAGACUGCUGGCACUGACAUCCAUCGACCAAUGGCUGCUCAGAGGGUUACAGACGGUGAGCUGCAUGCCCCCUCCGGUCUCCUCGGCUGUUAUUCUCACCAAGGCUGUCGGAGGCAACGAGGCUGCUGCCAUCUUCAACUCAGCGUUUGGAAGCUUCUUGGGAAUCAUCGUGACUCCCGUGCUGCUGCUGCUGUUUCUCGGCUCUUCGUCCUCCGUUCCCUUCUCCUCCAUCUUCUCUCAGCUCUUCAUGACCGUCGUGGUGCCUCUGAUCCUGGGUCAGGUGUGUCGAAGUUUCCUCAGGGAGUUCCUCGAGCGGAGAAAACCUCCGUUCGGCGCCGUCAGCAGCGCCGUCCUCCUCAUGAUCAUCUACACCACCUUCUGUGACACCUUCAGUAACCCCAACAUCGAGCUGGACCCCACCAGCCUGCUGCUGGUCGUCCUCAUCAUUUUCUCCAUCCAGCUGAGCUUCAUGCUGCUUACAUUUGCCUUUUCUACCAGGUCGGGCUCAGGAUUCAGCCCCGCAGACACCGUCGCCAUCGUGUUCUGCUCCACACACAAAUCACUCACUCUGGGUAUCCCCAUGCUGAAGAUCGUGUUCGCGGGCUACGAGCACCUCUCUCUGAUCUCGGUCCCCCUGUUGAUCUACCACCCGGCUCAGAUCCUGCUCGGCUCCGUCCUCGUGCCGACCAUCCGCAGCUGGAUGACCAGCCGCCAGAAGUCUAGUCUGUUGUUGAGAUAGGGCCGCGUUCCAACACUACUGUCCUGAGCGGUGAAACUCUCGGCCCUGCAGCCCGUCUGACGAGGAUGGAGUCGGUGUUUCCGAUGGUGUUUGUACUGUGAUACAAAGCGGACUAAGGCGGAGGGAGACAGUAGUCAUACGUGCCUUAUAUCAACCAAUCAACAGACCUCAGCGUGGCGGAGGAGACGAGGCUCACUAGUCGCCUUCAUUUUUCUAAGUUUCUACGACAAUGGAAAACUCCUCCUCUUUCGUAUUUCCAUCAUAUAUUUUCUUUUAUAUUUAAAGGAAGAAAAAGUACAUGUUUUAUUUUUAUAUGGAAUACCCCAAAAAAUCCUGCAAAAGAAGCACAGCUGUUUUUUUUGUUUGUUUUUGUUUGUUUAAACAAACAAAAACAAACAGCAACUGCCAACAGGAACAGGAUGAUUGAGUUACUGGGUGGAGUCACUGGGACCAUUAUGUUUUAUUUUUCUUGCUAUUUUCUACAUUUUUCUAGUCUUCUAGCUGUCACUGCCAGAAAAUGUGGACGUUUGUUACAUUUAUGCUCUUGAUAAAAACAAACUAAUGAUGGGUGAUCUUUUAAUAUACAGUAUGAUAUGGUUUUGGUUUUUGAGACUUUCUGAAAUAAGAUUUGUGUUCGUUGACAAGAAGCAGUCCUGUGGUGAGAGCAUGGUGUUGAGCUAAGGGGGGGUCGAUCCAAAUAAUGAAGGUACGACAUAAACACUAUAUUAGGGAGUCUAAUUUAUCAGUCAAAAUAUCAACAUCUUUCCACAAAAUAUUUCGUAAAAUGAAGGUACAUAAACGUAUGUAUGCGUCUGUACGUCGACGAUACUCUACUCUGAAUCUAAGUGAACUGGAACCAGAUUACUGAAAACCACCUGUUCAGCUGGGUGACAGUGAAUGUAUCAUCAUCCCAACCAAUCAGAGGUGAAGCUGCAAACACAUGACAUCAGUGAAAGACUGUCUCUCUCAGUCCAUUCCUACAAGGGUCGCAGUGUUUUUUUGAUAAUGUUAAGUCCAUGGACCAAACUGACAAAUUUGCACGAUCAAAGGCAAGACUUUAGCGUUUAGGUAGAAUUUCUCUAAAUGAUUAAUUGGUCCUGCUACGUAGCCUUAAAUCCUUCUUCAAUUUUACAUGAAUUUUCAUCUCCCACGUUCAAUUCAAAUCUAUAAGGGCUUUCAUGUUACACAAGGACAGGCCUUCCUGACAACCUGCUGUACAACUUCCUCAGCUCUUUCUAAGAGUCAUUUUUCUCCUGACCAAUCUGCAGACUACUCCAUACUGCAUUUCCAGUCCAGUAUCUCCAUAGUGGACUCUUGUGCAUCACAGGUUACGUCUAGUGCCAACGUUGAGUGCCAGUUCAGAAAAUAGUGUUUUUUGCCACUAAGUUGAUUUGGUGAAUUUGGGAAACAGUUUUUUAUUUACUCACCUAGAAGUUUUGGAGCAAGGUUAUCAUUAAUUUGUGUUUCUUUCCACCUGGUGAAUACAAGUCUAAUAUUCCCUCUCUUUUAGCUCCGAGUUUGGUCUCUACCAAUUCCUGAGGGAAAUAUCUGCUAAAUGCUCCGCAGUGUUCACCACCUGGUCUCAUAACCAAGAUCCCUAACCUUAACUGUAGCUGUGAGAUGCAGAUAUUGGAAGAAGAAAUGAUGAUUAUGAACGUUGGCUUUGGAUGUUAAACAACCUUUGUAAUUGAAUGUAAUCUGGGGUUUUUAUAGAAUCCUCUAAUAUCAUGUCAUUUUUCUGGAUGUACAGUAUCUGUGGUGGAGGAGGCGUCCCUUACUGUGAGUUACUGGGAAUUUUCACAUCCCCAUAUGUAGAUUUCUUUUAAUAUGAGAUGAAAGUAUUUAAAGUCACCUCAAGAUUAGUGUUGUAUCCUUGGUAACCGGCUUUGUACACACGAGAAGCAAAAGCCUGUUUCUUAAAAGGAACACAUCUUUCACGGAAACCUACUGUACCUUAUCAGACUGUCCUUAAUCAAAGCAGCUUGAGCUGUGUGUUCCAGCCUGGUUGGUAGAGAUUUUUGAAUCUCUAACACAUUUCUGAAAUGUUCCUUCAUGAUGGAGUCAGCUACUGUUACUGUGGACAUCAUGGAAAGCUCUUAUUUCAUUUUACCGGUCAUCACGCUGCUCUGUCCAGUAACGGUCAAGGUGACAGUCAGUCUCUGUUUACAGUGCGAUUGUUUUUUGCCAAUAGUAUAUUUUGAGAAGAAAGGUCAUGAGUGGGAUAUGUAUGGGUCAGCUCUUCUACUUGUUUAUUUAAAAAUAAAGUAUGAGGAAAUAAACCUACAAACUUUGAAAACCA